AAGUAAAACUGUUGUGACAGGAGCUAGCAGUGACGUUAGUGCAUGCGUUAGCCAGCUCAGCUAGCCGUUUGUCUCCCAGCUUUAAACUGUCAUUUCAGCAACACGGAGGAUGUAGCGUUUUUCAAGUUGAUCGUUUUACAUUAAAAAUACACCGUAAAAAUAAAACGUUUUGUUCAGUGGCGAACACAGUCUGGAUGUGAGAGGACACAACGAAGCAAUCGCUGGUUUUCAGUCUGUGGGGAAACCAUUUUAUGAUUGUCAAUGCAUCCGACACAUAAGGAUACACUCGUCUCGCUAGCUUAAUUUAGCUAGCUAAACGAUAUUGUCUGUGUCGUGGAUGGGUUCACUGUACAAGGUACUCCUGGAAGAAACGGUGACCGGUGCUUGGCGAACAACAUGGAUACUGCCGAAGAAGCGGAUAUUUGUCGUGUGUGCCGCUCUGAGGGGACCCCAGACAAACCCCUGUACCACCCCUGUGUCUGCACUGGCAGUAUCAAGUUUAUCCACCAGGAAUGUUUGGUCCAGUGGCUAAAGCACAGCAGGAAGGAGUACUGUGAAUUAUGCAAGCACAGAUUUGCUUUCACACCAAUCUACUCCCCAGACAUGCCAUCACGUCUGCCCAUCCAGGACAUUUGUGCCGGCCUGCUGACCAGUGUGGGCACGGCCAUCCGCUACUGGUUUCAUUACACACUGGUGGCCUUCGCCUGGCUCGGGGUGGUUCCUCUCACUGCAUGUCGCAUCUACAAGUGUCUGUUUACCGGCUCUGUGAGCUCACUUUUGACACUGCCAUUGGACAUGCUCUCUACAGAGAACCUGCUUGCAGAUUGUCUACAGGGCUGCUUUGUGGUCACCUGCACGCUGUGUGCAUUUAUCAGUCUGGUGUGGCUCAGAGAACAGAUAGUCCAUGGUGGCGCCCCCCAGUGGUUAGAGCAGCACCAGCCGCCGCCACCAAAUGCAGCCGGACAAGCCAAUGAGGCACAAGCUGCAGGCCAAGGAGCAGCUAAUGAGCCCCCUGCAGCGCAGCCAGCCCCUGCUGAUCCACCAGCCCAGAAUGAAGCAGAGCCUGAGCCCCCUGAUGUCCCCCCAGACCAAGGUGAUGACCCAGAGCUGGAAGAAGAGGAGGGAGCAGCAGCUGAAGAUGCAGAUCCCAACAAUGGAGCACAAGAUGACAUGAAUUGGAAUGCUUUGGAGUGGGACAGAGCGGCAGAAGAGCUCACAUGGGAAAGGGUAUCUCUGCAUGACAUUACCCAUCUCCAAACACCCCCAUGCCUUAUGCUUGGCCUGGAUGGUUCACUGGUAUUUUUGGAGCAUGUUUUUUGGGUAGUGUCACUCAACACACUCUUCAUCCUGGUUUUUGCAUUUUGUCCUUACCACAUUGGGCACUUCUCUGUCGUUGGUCUUGGCUUUGAGGAAUAUGUCCAAGCCUCCCACUUUGAGGGCUUAAUCACAACCAUUGUGGGCUACAUACUGCUGGCUAUGACGCUCAUCCUCUGUCAUGGACUGGCUGCUCUGGUCAGGUUCCAGCGCUCCCGACGUCUCCUAGGAGUUUGCUACAUUGUUGUCAAGGUCUCUCUGCUGGUUGUCGUGGAGAUUGGUGUUUUUCCACUCAUCUGUGGCUGGUGGCUUGACAUCUGCUCCUUAGAGAUGUUUGAUGCCUCCCUGAAAGACAGAGAGUUAAGUUUUAAAUCAGCCCCUGGUACCACCAUGUUCCUGCACUGGCUUGUGGGAAUGGUCUACGUCUUCUACUUUGCUUCUUUCAUCCUCCUACUGAGAGAGGUGCUGAGGCCAGGAGUGCUGUGGUUUCUAAGAAACCUCAAUGACCCAGAUUUUAACCCGGUGCAGGAGAUGAUUCACCUGCCCAUCUACAGACACCUGCGGCGGUUCAUCCUGUCCGUGGUGGUGUUCGGCUCAAUCGUGUUGCUCAUGCUGUGGCUGCCCAUCAGGCUGAUCAAACUACUGCUGCCCACCUUCCUCCCAUACAACGUCAUGCUCUACAGUGAUGCCCCAGUCAGCGAGCUGUCUUUGGAGCUAUUAUUACUUCAGGUUGUGCUGCCAGCUCUAUUGGAGCAGGGACACACUCGCCAGUGGCUCAAAGGCCUGGUCAGGGCCUGGACAGUCAGUGCUGGAUAUUUACUAGAUCUCCACUCGUACCUCCUCGGAGAGCAGGAGGACAAUGAUGCGAACCAGCCUGUGAACAACAACAACAAUAACAACCCUCCUCCUGGUCACCAUAACAACAAUAACAACCCUGCACCAGCUGUUGGCGAGGGGCUGCAUGCAGCCCAUCAGGCCAUCCUGCAGCAAGGGGGACCAGUGGGAUUCCAGCCUUACCACAGACCCCUUCGCUUCCCAUUCAGGAUUGUGUUGCUUAUAGCAUUCAUGUGCAUCACUCUGCUGGUGGCCAGUCUGGUGUGCCUAACCCUGCCAGUGUUCACCGGGCGAUGGUUGAUGUCCUUCUGGACAGGAAACUCCAAAAUCCACGAGCUGUACACAGCAGCCUGCGGCCUGUAUGUCUGCUGGCUGUCUAUCCGCGGAGUCACUGUGCUGCUGGCCUGGAUGCCCCAGGGACGCACCGUCAUCAUGCUCAAAGUCCAGGAGUGGACACUCAUGAUUCUGAAGACCCUGGUUGUAGCUCUGCUGGUCGCUGGAGUCAUCCCGCUGCUACUGGGCCUGCUGUUUGAACUGGUCAUUGUGGCUCCGCUCAGGGUACCCCUGGACCAAACACCUCUCUUCUACCCUUGGCAGGACUGGGCUCUUGGAGUGCUCCAUGCCAAAAUCAUUGCUGCCAUCACUCUGAUGGGCCCUCAGUGGUGGCUGAAGACUGUUAUUGAGCAGGUUUAUGCAAACGGAAUUCGCAACAUUGACCUCCAGUUCAUCAUUCGUAAACUGGCAGCUCCUGUCAUCUCAGUCCUGCUGCUGUCCUUGUGUGUGCCGUAUGUAAUCGCUGCUGGGGUGGUGCCUGCUGUAGGAGUUACCCCAGAGAUGGAGAUUCUAAUGCAGAGGAGAAUCUACCCAUUCCUCUUGAUGGUGGUCUCGCUUAUCGGCAUCCUGUCCUUCCAGAUCCGACAGUUUAAACGCCUUUAUGAACACAUCAAGAACGACAAGUACCUGGUUGGACAGAGGCUUGUCAACUACGAACGGAAAGCUGGAAGAGCAAGCUCAGUCCCUCCCCCCAACCCUGUUGCAGAGUAGAUUUUUGUCACACGUUGCCACAUUUUUGCACCUGUUGCCCUGCAUACAUCCUGUUUCCCCCUUUACCCCACCCUUUUUGAUUUUUAACUCAGUCCUUGGACCGUAAUCAUUUUGAAUCUCCUGUGGAUCUUAGUGGAUUUGAUGGAUUUCUGAAUUCCUUUUCACACCCAUCAAAGGUCAGAUGACAAAAUGUAUUACAAUCAUGGGACAGCUGAGUAAUCCCCCUCAGACAAACGGAGUAGUCAUGAGGGGUGAGAGUUAAAGGUUUGAUUUGAAGCUCAACAUCUGUAUUGUCAUUCAUGCCUUGCUUUGUAAAGUACUGCCUGAUAAUUGUACAUGUGUAAAUACUUUGAAUGCAGACUAAAAAAAAGAUGGAUAUGGAUUAAUGCAGUGACCAUUGUACAUCUUAAAAGUGUAUGUAUAAUUUAUUAAAUCAAACUGACAAUUUA